AAUGAUUAAACAAAUUCUAGCCAGAGGUAGUUGAAACUUGCCAAAGAAGAUGGAAGUAUGUCUAAGAAGAUUCUGUUUCUAAAGUCUGUCCCUUGCAGAUUCCAUCACACCAACUGUUUACUGUCCCUUAGUAUUUUGCACCUUCUUUCCUUGAAGAUUCGACACACUCUCACACACACACACACACACACACACACACACUGACCCUAUCGCAUUCUCAUCCCUCAAAACAAAAGUACAAAGCACCACCUCAUAAAAAAAACACUGCAAACUGCCAUUGAUGAAGCUCAAAUGAGAUACACAGAUCAUCUUUUACAAAACUAAGCGAAAUCCAACAAUGCCAUCAUCUAAAAAAGAAGCCCUUUUCAUAGCUAGUCUUAUAGCCCUCUGGUACUCAUCAAACAUUGGUGUUCUGCUUCUAAACAAGUUCUUGUUAUCAAACUAUGGCUUUAGAUUCCCAAUCUUUCUCACAAUGUGCCACAUGUCAGCUUGUGCUAUACUUAGUUACUUAUCAAUUGUUUUCUUGAAGAUUGUGCCUUUGCAAGUUGUUAAAUCAAGACCCCAGUUGUUAAAGAUUGCAACUUUGGGUGUUGUUUUUUGUGGGUCUGUUGUUGGUGGCAAUAUUUCUUUGAGGUAUUUGCCUGUAUCUUUUAAUCAGGCUGUUGGAGCUACUACACCUUUUUUCACUGCUGUUUUUGCUUACUUGAUGACUUUCAAGAGGGAAGCUUGGGUUACUUAUGCAGCUCUUGUUCCUGUUGUUGUUGGUGUUAUUAUUGCUAGUGGGGGUGAGCCGGGUUUUCACUUAUUUGGCUUUAUUAUGUGCAUAAGUGCUACUGCUGCAAGGGCCUUUAAGUCUGUUCUCCAGGGCAUCCUGCUCUCUUCUGAAGGAGAAAAGUUGAACUCGAUGAAUUUGCUGCUGUACAUGUCCCCGAUUGCUGUUUUGGUAUUAUUACCUGCAGCUCUUAUAAUGGAGCAGAAUGUAUUAGACGUCACUUUAGAACUUGGAAGGAAACAUAAGUAUAUGUGGCUGCUACUACUUCUUAAUUCUACAAUGGCCUACUCAGCUAACUUGACAAACUUCUUGGUAACCAAGCAUACGAGUGCACUGACACUUCAGGUGUUAGGCAAUGCGAAAGGUGCUGUGGCUGUUGUUAUCUCGAUCUUCAUCUUCAGGAAUCCUGUAACAUUUGUGGGCAUCGCAGGGUACUCAAUGACUGUUCUCGGGGUAGUUGCUUAUGGAGAAGCAAAGAGAAGAUUUAGAUGAAUUAUCUACCUGAGUUACAGAUUAUUAUUUUCCUUUCACAGUGGAAUGAGUGAAGUUGUACGGGCUAAGAUGAUUUUAUUCAUAGAGCGAUGCACAACUGUACUGUAUUUAUGAUGUGUACAAAGCAUAAUCACCAUUAUAUUCGAUUAUGUUCUCAAUAUUGAGGGUAAGAAAUUCAGUAGUUCCUUUCA